AUGGAAGAGAAUCGUGCCCCGGAGCCAAUCGCAAUCAUCGGUCUUACCUGCAAAUUUGCCGGCGAAGCCACAAAUGCCGAUAGUUUAUGGCAAAUGAUUGCUAACGGACGAGAUGCUUGGUCUCAGAUCCCACUCUCCAGAUUCAACUGGGCUGGUUCGUUCCAUCCUGACCACGAGAAAUCCAGCACUAUGCAUGUGCGUGCUGGAUACUUCAUCAAGGAGGACCUUGGCAACUUCGACGCCGCCUUCUUCAACCUCUCUGCCGAAACUGCAGCCUCUAUGGACCCUCAAUUUCGGCUUCAGUUAGAGUCUGUAUAUGAAGCCCUUGAGAAUGCUGGGCAACCCAUCGAGAAGAUAGCAGGCUCGGACACGUCUGUGUAUAUGGGAACGUUUAAUCAUGACUACAGGGAAGGUAUGAUACGGGAUGAAGAUGACUUGCCACGUUUCAUGAUCACUGGCACAGGCGCCGCCAUGGCCUCGAACCGCGUCUCGCAUUUCUUUGAUCUGAGAGGGGCUAGCAUGACGUUAGACACGGGUUGCUCGACGUCUCUAGUGGCACUGCAUCAAGCUGUCAGUGACUUGCGAUCUGGCAACUCGACCAUGGCCAUCGUUGGAAGUUCCAAUCUGAUGCUUAACCCAGACAUGUUCAAGGCUCUCGGGUCUAUAGGUGUUCUUUCUCCUGACGGGAAGUCCUUUUCGUUCGACUCCAGAGCGAACGGUUACGGGCGAGGAGAGGGUGUGGCGACCGUCGUCAUCAAGCGCUGGAGAGAUGCCGUGGCUGCCGGAGACCCUAUCCGGGCAGUGAUACGUGAGACUUGCCUGAACCAAGAUGGCAAGACAGAAACUAUCACUUCUCCAAGCUUUAACGCACAAGAACAAUUGAUUCGCAAGAGCUACCAAAACGCGCAGCUUGACCCACUCGAAACACAAUACUUCGAGGCGCAUGGCACAGGUACCCCAACAGGAGAUCCUAUUGAGCUUCAGGCAGCUGCAGCAGUCUUCCAAUCGCGUCAGAGUGCAGCAGAGCCUUUACAUAUCGGCUCGAUCAAGGCCAACAUCGGACAUACGGAGCCAGUCAGUGGCCUCGCCAGUCUCAUCAAAGUGGUUAUGGCGCUCGAGCAUGGGGCACUUCCACCGUCAAUUAACUUUGAGAAACCGAACGCAAAGGUUGACUUGAAGGAGUGGAAUUUCGAGGUGCCACAGAGGCUGGAGCCAUGGAUUCCGAAUUCUGACGGUAUAAGGCGUGCAUCUAUCAACAACUUUGGCUAUGGUGGCACAAAUGCCCACGUCAUCGUUGAGAUGGGACCUCGAUGGAUAACUGAUUCCGGCAUUCAUGAGACCAACGGAAUCAGUCAUAUCAACGGACAUGCCAACGGUACCGAGUCAACAUCAGGCUCCAACACGAAGCCGCCUGGUGAAGGGAGCAACAAAAAUCCCUCACGGAACAAAACCAAGGUCCUUCUUCUCAGUGCAAGAGAUGAACGAGCGUGCCAGGACAUGAUCUCCAACUUGGCAGACUAUCUCCGACGUCGAAAUGACCAUGAGAAACCUGAUCAACUCCUCCAGAGUAUGAUAUACACUCUGGGCCACCGUCGCAGCAUGAUGCCUUGGGUUGCAGCAUGUCCCAUUUCCUACAUGCGUGGUAUCUCUACGGUCGUCGAGGCUCUAGAAUCCUCUCAGUUUAAGCCCAAGAGAAUCGUGCGAGUUCCACGCAUUGGCAUGGUGUUUACAGGACAAGGAGCUCAGUGGCACGCAAUGGGGAGAGAGCUGAUUAUCGCCUAUCCCGUGUUCAGAUCCUCCCUCGAGCUUGGAGAUGCAUACCUCAGAGAGCUUGGUGCAGACUGGUCAUUGAUGGAGGAGCUCAUGAGGGAUGCUGCUGAUACAAAAGUUUAUGAUACCGCUAUCAGCAUUCCCAUUUGCGCCGCACUGCAGAUAUCCCUAGUCAACCUACUCCAGAGCUGGGGUAUCAAGCCAGCAGCGGUGACAAGUCACUCAAGUGGAGAGAUCGCAGCUGCAUAUGCCGCCGGUGUUGUCGACUACCGAGCAUCCAUGGCCAUCGCUCAUUACCGAAGUGUUUUGUCGGCCGAUAAAGCUCUGAGAGGUUCUCUAAAGGGAGGCAUGGUUGCGAUCGGAGCGGGGUCUGACCAUGCCGCGACCUACCUCCAAGAGCUGCAAAGCGAUGGAAAGGCAACUAUCGCUUGUAUCAACAGCCCCAAGAGUGUGACCAUUGCAGGAGACCUUUCCUCCGUCCUGGAAGUUGAGACCAGGGCUAAGAGUGAUGGUGUAUUAGCAAGCCGUCUCAAUGUCGACAUUGGUUACCAUUCGCAUCAAAUGGAGCCCAUCUCCCACAAAUACCGAGACGCCUUGAGUCGGGUAAAGCUAUGCAACUCUCAGAGUAACCUUGAGUCCAUCGCCUAUGCUUCGCCAGUCACUGGCGGCCGCAUGACCGACCCUGAAGAAAUUGCCAGUGCCGAGCAUUGGGUGGCAAGCUUGGUUCAGCCUGUCCAGUUCCUGGAUGCCUUCACUGACAUGAUUCUGGGUAGCUUCGACCCAUCUGGCACUAGUGUUGAUAUUAUAGUCGAGGUUGGACCCCACUCAGCCUUGAGAGGCCCUAUCAGACAAAUCCUUGAGCUUCCUGAGUUUGGGGGUCUUCAGAUCCCCUACUACCCUUGUUUGAUCCGCAAGAAUGAUGCUAGAGAUACCAUGCAGGCACUGGCGGCAAACCUGAUUGGCGAGGGCCUGGAACUACAAUUAGCCUCUCUCAACUUCCCAUAUGGAAGAGAGAGCUUUGUCGAGGUGCUGACAGACCUUCCCCCCUAUCCAUGGAACCACCAAACAAGGCAUUGGGCUGAGCCACGCUUUAAUAGAGCGCUUCGAGAAAGAGAUCAGGAACCGCAUAACCUUAUCGGCUCCCUCGUUCUAGGGUCAGAGCGAGAGUCUCCUUCGUGGCGCCAUGUCCUUCGUGUGUCCGAGUCGCCUUGGCUUCGUGAUCACGUGGUCCAGUCUAAUGUUCUUUAUCCCGGGGCAGGCUUUGUCUGCCUGGCUGUCGCAGCUAUGGCACAGAUGGUAUCUAUGCAGGUGAUCAAGUCUGUGGAUAAACUUGGGAAGGAUCGGCGAGUCUCUGGUUAUAGGCUGCGAGACGUUGAGAUCCUUCGAGCCCUGCUCGUGCCAGACAUGCAGCCGCUGGAGCUUCAGACCAAACUGUCUCCUGCGUCUGAUAGAGAGAUUGGCCUCCGGGGAUGGUAUCAUUUUGAGGUCCUUUCUGUCACCGGCGAGAACAGAUGGAAUCUACAUGCCAAGGGGUCUAUCAAGGUCGAGUUUGCCGAUGAUGCGAGGCCGGGAGUAGACAGACUGGAAGGGAUAUCCCCUUUGAUCCCUAGCACAGCACGCCGAAUCGCGCCCGAUGAUGUCUUUGCCACUUUCAGAUCAGUCGGUAUCGAGCAUGGACCAGCAUUCCAAAACUUCAAGGCCAUCCUCCAGUGCCAAAAUGAACCACGAUCCAAGGCCACAAUAGUCGUUGCCGACACCUCUGCCGGCAACACUAUAAUACACCCGACUACUCUCGAUUCCAUUGUUCAAGCGGCAUACACCGCUCUUCCCAAGGCUGGGUAUUUCCAGGAGAGCCCGCGCGUGCCUCGCAAAUUUAGGCACAUUUGGAUAUCGAGUGAUAUUGGCUUUGAGGCAGGGCACGAAUUCGAAGCUUGCUCAAGAGUAAACGAUGCCGACUCUCAAAGCUUUGAAGCAGAUAUUCGCCUUUUCGAUGCCCAAAAAGAUCCGCAUGGCUCGCAAACUCCUGUACUAGAGAUACAAGGGCUGUUUCUCCAGUCCCUUGGUCAAGCCGUCGGUAUCACAAAUAAACGGCCAUGGGAGAACGAAGUCUGUAACAGUGUUGAGUGGGAUAUUGACAUGACAGUCGCUAAUCCCAAGACACUCGACAAGAUUCAAAAGGAGCUUACACAUUCGGAUCCUGGGGAGAGCCUCACGAAAGAGCUACGGCCCAUUUGUCUUUACUAUAUCCAUGAAGCACUCAUUGAGCUCUGA